UGUUGGAAGCUGAUAGGAAGGAGCAGCCUGUCCGAUCAGUUCUGCCCCGACUCGCUGAAUUACUUCCAGCCCUCGACCACAUCGAAGCCCCUGGGGAAUUAAAGAGCAUUGUGGAAAUGGGAGUGCCCCGUGUACAUAUCCAAUCGGCUGGUUAGUAUCACAUUCCCAAACAUCACACACCCACUCUUUUCCGCAACCAGCGCCGCUAUCGCCACUCGGAUCUCUCUCUUCCUGGGAGGUGCAGAAAACUUUUGUCCGCAGGGUCACAGACUUUACUUCUUGGACGCACACACUUGGGGAAUUUGUCCCUGACUUGAGUGUGUGAAGCCGGGUGGGGACCCUGGUUUAUUCUCAUCCGCAAGCAACGCAACGCAGCUCACCCACCCACUCACCCUCGCCAUGAAGCGGCAGCGACUGAUGUUGAUCACUGCGCGGUUCUUCGCGGGAGCGGCGCUGAUCCUUUUCUACCUAACGUCCUGCACCAACUACUGGCUCCACGCUGUGACCUGCGGGUCCGACAACAAUACGCAGUCUGCUGAGACCCAGUUGUCAGACAGCCAGACACAGAAAACACUGACUGACAAUGCAACGGAGCUGAAAUCUGGCACAGACUCGCGACGGACCGCAAGAUUUUUGACUGGAAGAGACGAAUCAAGUCCGAUGGGUUCAUCAAUGCCUGAAAAUGGAACUUUACAACAUCAGAGGAAAAAAAGAUAUUCUGAUUAUACCCUAUAUUUUGGAUAUACCCUAUUAUUGAAAGAUAACAGGUUAACUUACCAUCAUGAGGGCUUCACCUGGAGAUGCUCAUUUACCGAUAAAGAGGCGGAAAAUCAACACUCAAAAUUUAUUACCAUUUUUCAACCACCUGUAAAGUGUUGUGUGCACGCCUUUUAUUCCCCAUUUCCAAGCGAUCCAAAGUUCAUUAAUGACGAAUUUCAAUCUAAACUUGUUUAUCGUAAACUUUGGAGUGCACUAAUGUUCUUGGGAGUGAUCUUUAUUACAAUUGGAUUCAUAUGCAUCAUUUACAAAGCAUGCCGUCAGAAACACGAGAUAUAUAAAACAGUGGGAGUAAAUUUCAUCAUUGGUGGCAUUUGUUUCACCUUGUCAAUUAUCAUGUACGCCUGCUGGAUAUCAGCAAUAUCUCAGAUGAUCGCAAAAGAAAUAGCAAAUUGCAAAUCUGCAAAUAACAAUACGAAAUAUGGCGUGGAUUAUGGUUGGUCGUUCAUGGCAGCUCCUUUUGCCGUAUUAUUCUCUGUAAUCGCAGGUGGUCUUUUCAUUAAAUUGUCUGCUGCUGAACGCAGUGAAAGUGGUGGCAUCGUUUAAAUAUUUUUUGGAUGCAACCAAUUUAUAUUUUUUAAAAGAGGAAAGAGUCAUUAUUAUGCUGAAGCGGCAAAAUUUAUCAACAAAGAGACAUGAUAAUAUGGACUCCCUUUGAUUACAGUCGAAAUAUAACUUUAUAUAGUAGUACUGGCGUUACAUAUUAUUUGAAAUUUUUAAUGUAUCCAGUGUUUCCUUGAUUCCUGAAAGGAAACUGUUGUUAUUUUGACAAUUGAAAAAGCUGUGGAAAAUGCAUCACAGUUACUUUGGGGCAGUUUAUUCCUAUUGGCGAAGAGCUGCUCUAUUUCAUAGAGUGUGAAAUGGCUUGGUAGCUUGAUGACAGGUUCUGCAAAAAGUCUAACAAAUUCCGAAAAUAAUGAUGUUUUUAAAUAAUUAAGAGCUCAAGUUAAUUAACUUCAUAAUUAUAACUCCCAGUUUAUAACUCCCAAUAACUGCCAUAUUAUCACGAUUUAACAGCGAAAAAAUCAAGAAGCAAACUAUCAUUAGGAAUUAGUUUUAGUUGUAUUUUGUAAUUAUUAACAUGUUAGUUGGUGCAUAAUAAAAAUAUUCUGAAUUCAUCUUUGUUUUAGAUUUUUAUAUAAUGUUAUAAUCAGCAUUUCAAAAUAUUAUUGCAAAUUAUAUUUACCUGAUGAAUAGAAUUGUAAAUAUUACAGUUCUUAAUGGCUUAUGUGCUGAGGGCAACACAGCUACAUAGUGCACAAAGUUCUGCUACUUCUCUCGGAUGCAAGUCAUAGAUCCAGACAGCAGAUUUGCUCUAUUGUUCUAGAUCUCAAGGCUAACGGAAUCAAGUGGUAUGGAGCGAAGGCAGGCACGGGUUACUGAUUGUGGAUGAUCAGCCAUGAUCACAAUGAAUGGCAGUGCAGGCUCGAAGGGCCAAAUGGCUUCCUCCUGCACCUAUUUUCUAUGUUUCUAUGUUCUUGUGGCCCUUUCAAGAUAUCUGAGAAGAUUCUCUGUCAGAAACCCCGCACACUACCCCGUGUGCUCCACACCCUUCCACCCUUUGCACAGCUCGCCCUGUUCCUCUAAUCCCAACACCCUGCAGAGUUGACACCCUUUGCCUAUCGUCCUGCCAAAGACUCCUUUUAAAAUUCAUAAUCUAUUCCCUUUUGGAAGUUGUUAUUAAAUCUGCUUCCAUUUACUUCCUGAAAGUGCCCUUACGGAUUUCUAGUUUUAGAGAUAUUCCUUCCAAAAUACACAAUGUGCUGGAAUAACUCGGAGGAUCGGGCAGCAUCUCUGGAGAACGUGGAUAGGUGACGUUUUGGGUCGGGGCCCUUCUUCAGACUGAUGGAGUGGGAGAAGAAGGGUCCCGACCAGAAACUUUGUGUUUUUUCUGGGGUAAACCAAUAUCUGCAGUUCCUCGGGUCACUGUUACCUAACUUGUUGUUGCUCACCUUGUAGUAUUGCCUGCUUGUUAAGAUAUCAAUUGUGAUGACGGAGAAUGAUAAAUAGGUUUUGCUAAAGAAGCAAGUUUUUUUUUUUUCCCUAGAAUUUUGAAUAAUUUCAGGAGGAUUUUUGAUUUGGAACAUUUAUUUCCAUAAUGUAGAGAUUCACCCCUCAUAGAAAUCAUUGCUGUGGUUUUCUCGAUGUCUGAGUAAUGAAAAGGAAAUCUGAAGUACCUUAGAUGUAGUUUGUUAAAUGCAAAUAUUUUGUAUUACCUACUCCUCUGUUAUAGGGUGGUUUUGUGUAUUGGGGCUUUUAACUGAGAUUGUAUUGUAAAUGUGACUACUUGUAAAAUAAUGUUCAUGUUAUUUGAAGUACAGGAAGUCUUAAUGGAGAAUUAUGUCUUUCUGUCGGUGCUUGCUAUUUGGAAAAGUAUUUGGGCUCUGACACACGCUCUUGUUUAUAAAAUAAAUAACAUGUAACUUAAUAUAUCUGCAAAGCAAAGGUUAAUAUUUUUGAAAAUAAAGUUUUUAUCAUGCU